GUCGACGCUGAUUUCUGUCAACGAACCUAACCGGCUAGCAACUUCAAAAUGGAAAGGAAUAAAAACAUUGUCUAGAUAUUUGCGUGGAAUUAAAUGACUAUUUUCUUGAAAUGUUACCGUUUUUUGUUGUAGUAUCCGGUUAAUGCCUUCAUGUAAUUUGGGUUGACAGCGUUUUUAGUUAGGUUUUUUGUUUUGGUAUAAAACUAGCAGCAAGCUAACUGUUAGCUACGUUAGCUUUACGAGGAGGCCAAACUUAUUUUUCUUUAUUUUCUGUCAUAAUUAACUACUUAGCUGCCAUUUAUACUGUGAAUAAAUUAGUUAGACAUAUCGUCGUGCUUGCUAUGUUCGUUUAGACUUGUGUAUUUUCAAACUCAUUGAUUCUCUUGAGUGAUCGCAUUUAUUUUGUUUUGGACAAUAAGGACGCAAGGACUGUAGUGUUAAUUUCCUACCUUGGCUUCGGACACAUUGUGUUUAUUUUAUUAUGUCUUGAAGUACCUGUCAAAGGAAAGGAAACGUUUUACACUAUGCUUCUGGAAGGCGGUGUGUUGUUUUGGGCCAGUUGCCACGGUCCAAGACUCUAAAGAAGUGAUUUCAGUCAACUAACGACUCACAAUCAACAUCAACUGUUUCCCUCGACGCGUUGGAUACUAACGUUAGCCACCGAGCUCAGCUACUUCAAUUCACUUGCUCUGUAACAUUUGACAGCUUGCUUAUCGGGCUAGUCAACCCCAUAUGAUCAGUUUUCCGUCGGGGGGGACAUCUUAGCUACCGUUGUGCCUUUUUCCUUUCCAUAAUGUCUUGUGUGCAUUAUAAGUUCUCAUCUAAACUCAACUACGACACGGUCACUUUCGAUGGCCUGAACAUCACUCUAGCCGAUCUGAAACGACAGAUCAUGGGUCGGGAGAGACUCAAAGCUGUCGACUGCGGGCUACAAAUCACCAACGCCCAAACUAAAGAAGAAUACAAAGACGAGGAGGCCCUCAUCCCCAAGAACUCCUCUGUCAUCAUCAGAAGAAUACCCAUCGGAGGAGUCAAGGCCACAAGCAAGAUAUAUAACGUUGAGCAUUCUUCAGACCACAAUCACUACCCCGUCGGACCCUCCAAAGCAGAUCAUUCUUCAGACCACCACCACCACUACCCCGUCGGACCCUCCAAAGCAGAUCAUUCUUCAGACCACCACCACUACCCCGUCGGACCCUCCAAAGCAAUUGAUGAUCAUGCUGCUUCUAUAUCACUGGCCCAACUCUCUAAGGUAUACUAUAUAUUCUCUCCU